AUGGUGUCUCCAACCCCAAUUCUCUCACCCGUUGACUCGAGUGGUAGGGAUCCAUCUGUGCCUCUUGUCCCUGACUCUGAGGUUCCCCCGAUAUUUCUCCCCAGCCCCCAAUACACGCCGUCCCACUCCGAUACCCCGACUCCAGAGCCAGCGACAGACGCAGCAUACACCAUGUCGAAAUCGAAGUCCAAGGAAAGCAGCUCCUCCGGGGGUUUUCACCAGGAAUAUAUAGCCUCUUUGCGCUAUCGAAAUGACCUCCCUCCCCCGGACAUGCCCCCGAAGUUUCUUGACAUCCCGCAUGAGGGUCUAGACCGUUUUCUUACUCCUGGAUUUGCGUCGAACUUGGCUCGACGGGAGGAACCGAAUAUUGAUGUUGACGCUGAAGGUGGUAUGCCAAUUGACCUGGUAGGUAUUCCGGGGCUUCACCUCGGUGAUGAAAGCGCUAUCAUGGCACCGGAGAAUCCUCAGCCAAUCGACCCUGCCGAUCUCCCUCUUCUUAUGAAUUUGGACCAACUGAAAAACCCCGCACCCAAGAACACCAAUGUCAGCUUCCUGCGUCGUACGCAAUAUAUCUCGGCCGGUCUUCGCGCACCAGACGGCGGAAAGGCUAUUCCUACUAGAGCAAGACCUCGUCAGGAUAAAAACAAGGUGUCCCAGGACGACCCGGCUUAUAUAAAGCGGUAUAUCCAGAAAGGAUUUGACAUUGCACACCCAGAGAGCAAACAUUCCGGUGAAGAUACUUCAAGCAGAAUCAAAGGCCACACCCCGACCAAGGUGGAACUCGAUGCUUGGGCCAAACCGGUUCAUCCUGACAACCCGAAGCUGAAACCUGUUGGUUUCUUUCCUCUCCUGCCUGACCUGCAAGGAUUCCCGGACCCUGGAGGCUUUGUCCAGUUUAAGUUCGAUAAGGCACCUGUUCAGGGUGUUUCUGGGAAGCGGGACAAACGCAUGGAUGUUUCUGUCCUGCUUCCAUCUGCACCUGAGGAGCGUGUGUGCCAGGAACAUGCGACAAAGGCCGCCCUACACAAAACGAACCCCAACAUCUAUCCCGACCCUGGCCCGGUUCCAUGGGAUUACGAUCUUUUCUUACCGGAGAAGGACUCUACCAAGGCCGUCAUCUCAAGUCUACAUCUUUCGAACCCCGACCGCGAUAACCAGGAACUCUACCGUCAUGAAGGGUCCGACAACACAAAAUUCCAUCGUUUCGAUCGUGUUCGCACAUAUGCUACUAGUGCCCAAACUCUGGGUAACGAUGUGAAGCAGAAGGAUGUCGCUGUGACUUUGUUUGAUCCCUCGGAUGUGAAGGACGACCAAGGCGAAAAUGCCUCCAAGCAAAAGGGUGCCUAUUAUUACCCAAUUCUGGGCAAGACUCGUCUCAAGCCGGAGCGAGCCCGUACCAUUGCUCAGGCUGGUCUAGCACCUACUCGUCCCAAGACGAAGGAAGACCAAGUCGACCAGCUUCAGGUUGCGGUUCGCGAUCCCGAUGAGGCAGAGGUCUACAAACGUUCUCUACACAGAGCAGCUAUCGAUCCCAAGUUUGCAGAGACCAUGCCUCCCCCUCCAGAGGGCCCAGGUGACGAACCCGAAUCACCCAAAGAGCAGAACGAAGGGGGCAGAGAAGGGAGUGUUGAUGAUGCCCAAGAUGCGGAAGACGAUGACAGAAUGAGUGACGAGUAGUCAUCCAUACUUCCAACUUUUUUCCUUUUUUCCUUUUUUCCUUUUUUCCUUUUUUCAAGUCACACGGCUGCAUACUCAUAGUGCUUCUCUUCUCUUAUUGAGCAGCAUUUGUUUCUUUUUGUCACUUCAAAGACUACAUACCCAUAUCUUGUCAUCAUGCUUUGGUAAUCUUGCCGUGUCGCCUCAGAUUUCUUUACCUGAUAUUUUUCAGAACGUUGUCCCUAGCCGCAAAGAGUCCGUCACGAUAGGCUUCGCAUUGGUGUCGAGGGCAGCAAAAGUGAUUGGCGUUAACUGGCACAAAUGGAAUCAAUCGGUUUUUUCUUGCGAAUUGGAUGGAAAUUGUUUACUUUGUUUCCCUCCUCUUCAGGAGCCCAGCUUGGAGGUUUAUUGUAUGUACUUUUUUUUAAGAAUCUUUGGAGAUAAUUCAGUCCAUAGCAACGAAUCAAUGUCAAAUGCAAUCUAAUCUACAGGC